UUACUGGGAAUGAGAGUAAACAAUGUUUACGAUGUGGAUAACAAGACAUAUCUUAUCCGCCUUCAAAAACCAGACUGCAAGGCCACGCUGCUGCUUGAAUCCGGUAUACGGAUUCACACAACGGAGUUCGAAUGGCCGAAAAACAUGAUGCCAUCUGGCUUCGCGAUGAAGUGCCGUAAGCAUUUAAAGACGAGAAGACUUGUCAGUGUAAAACAGCUGGGUAUAGACAGAAUUGUGGACUUCCAGUUUGGAAGCGAUGAAGCUGCUUAUCACCUAAUCAUAGAGCUCUAUGACAGGGGUAACAUUGUCCUGACAGACUACGAGUACAUCAUUUUAAACAUUCUGAGGUUUCGCACAGAUGAGGCAGAUGAUGUCAGAUUCGCAGUUCGGGAACGAUACCCGAUUGACAGUGCAAAAGCACCUGCACCCCUGCCGACCUUGGAAAGGUUAACUGAAAUAAUAUCAAAUGCACCCAAAGGGGAACAGCUGAAGAGGGUUCUUAACCCCCAUCUUCCUUAUGGAGCCACCCUCAUUGAGCAUUGCCUUAUAGAAGCGGGAUUUUCUGGUUAUGUCAAAAUAGAUGAACGUAUGGAAAAGAAAGAAAAUAUUGAAAAAGUGCUUACUGCUUUAGAGAAAGCAGAAGAAUAUAUGACGCUAACUGACAACUUCAGUGGAAAGGGUUAUAUUAUCCAGAAAAGGGAGAAAAAGCCAAGCCUGGAACCAGAUAAACCAGCAGAAGAUAUCUACACAUAUGAGGAAUUUCAUCCUUUCUUGUUUUCUCAACAUUCAAAAUGUCCGUACUUGGAGUUUGACUCAUUCAAUAAGGCAGCAGACGAGUUCUACUCCAAGUUGGAGGGACAGAAGAUUGAUCUGAAAGCGUUGCAGCAGGAAAAACAAGCCCUGAAGAAACUUGAGAAUGUCCGUAGGGAUCAUGAGCACAGACUAGAAGCUCUUCAGCAAGCUCAGGAAAUUGAUAAGAUAAAAGGAGAACUCGUAGAAAUGAACUUAGAGAUAGUUGACCGAGCCAUCCAGGUGGUUCGCAGCGCAUUAGCCAACCAAAUAGACUGGACGGAGAUUGGAGCGAUCGUAAAAGAAGCUCAAGCACAGGGGGACCCUGUUGCAAGUGCAAUCAAAGAAUUAAAGCUUCAGACAAAUCAUAUCACAAUGCUGCUGAGGAACCCGUACUUGUUAUCUGAAGAGGAAGGGGAGGAGGAGGAGGAUGCUGAUUUAGAAAAAGAAGGAACAGAAGAAACAAAAGGAAAAAAGAAAAAGAAUAAAAGCAAACAGUUGAAGAAACCACAGAAAAACAAGCCGUUGUUAGUUGAUGUUGAUCUCAGCUUGUCUGCGUAUGCCAAUGCCAAAAAGUAUUAUGAUCACAAGAGACAUGCAGCUAAGAAAACACAGAAGACAGUAGAAGCUGCAGAGAAGGCAUUUAAAUCAGCUGAGAAGAAGACAAAGCAGACACUGAAGGAAGUUCAGACAGUUACCACCAUUCAGAAAGCAAGAAAGGUCUAUUGGUUUGAGAAAUUCCUGUGGUUCGUUAGUUCUGAGAAUUACCUCAUUAUCGCUGGAAGAGAUCAACAGCAGAAUGAAUUGAUUGUCAAGAGAUACCUGAAAUCAGGGGACGUAUAUGUGCACGCUGAUCUCCAUGGAGCCACAAGCUGUGUGAUCAAGAACCCAACAGCUGAACCGAUCCCUCCACGGACCCUGACAGAGGCAGGCACGAUGGCGUUGUGUUAUAGCGCUGCCUGGGAUGCCCGUGUUGUCACCAGUGCUUGGUGGGUCUUCCACCACCAGGUUUCUAAAACUGCACCUACAGGAGAAUACCUCACCACCGGAAGCUUCAUGAUUCGAGGGAAGAAGAACUUUCUUCCUCCUUCAUAUCUGAUGAUGGGGUUUAGCUUCUUGUUUAAGGUGGAUGAAAGCUGUGUUUGGAGACAUCGAGAAGAAAGGAAGAUCAAAGUGCAGGAUGAGGAUCUAGAAACUGUCUCUAGCAGUGCCAGCGAACUGGUGUCUGAAGAAGUGGAGCUAUUAGAAGGAGGAGACAGCAGCAGUGAGGAGGAGAAAGCUGAGGGUCAAGAAGCACCAGAGGAUGUGGAAGAGAGUAAUCGCAGUGAGGGUGUAGCUGACCCUGACCAGGGCAGGGUAGAGACACCUCCUGCACCAGAGGGUGUCUCAGAAGAGGACAAUGGAGAAUCUGGAGAUGAAGUGGAAGAUCCAGAGUCAAAGAGUGAAGUGAAGGAGGAAGAGAUAAAUUACCCAGAUACAACAAUUGACCUGUCACACCUUCAAUUGCAAAGAUCCCUGCAGAAAAUUGUCCCCAAAGAGGAAGGACCCAACUUGAGUGACAGCAAGUCCCAGGGGCGAAGGCAUCUCUCCGCCAAGGAGAGGAGAGAAAUGAAGAAAAAGAAGCAGCAAAAUGACUCUGAGAACUUGGAGCCACCCGAGGAGAAGCAGAAAGAGAUGGAGACGCAGCGUCCCCCUGCGCCCAACACCAAUAAGGGUGUGCCGGCCCCACAGCCCAUCAAGCGGGGCCAGAAGGACCGGGAGCUCAUCAUGAAGCUGUUGGGGUCUGCAGGGUCGAACAAGGAGGAGAAAGGGAAAAAAGGGAAAAAAGGGAAGACAAAAGAUGAGCCAGCAAAGAAGCCACAGCAGAAACCCAAGGCUGCGCAUCGGGGUGCUGGAGGGGCCAAGGAGACAGCAGGAGUCCUACUGCACGAGUCGCAGGACCCAGCCUUGGAAGAGCAGCAGGACGAGAAGGAGGAGCAAGACCAGGAUCAGCCAGGAGUUGAGGAAGGAGAGGCCUUGCUGGACUCCCUGACGGGCCAGCCGCACCCCGAGGACGUACUGCUCUUUGCCAUACCCAUCUACACGGCGAUGACAAACUAUAAGUAUAAAGUCAAGCUCACUCCAGGCACCCAAAAGAAAGGAAAAGCUGCAAAGAUUGCCUUGCAUAAUUUUAUGCAAUCCAAAGAAGCUACUGCAAGAGAGAAAGACCUCUUUCGCAGUGUGAAGGAUACUGACUUGUCAAGAAAUAUUCCCGGUAAAGUGAAAGUGUCUGCACCUAAUCUCCUGAACAGGAAAAAGAAGUGAUUUGAUACUUGUAUUUCUUAUCACCAACCACCACCCCUGCUCAGCCAGAAUCCAGCUGCCUUCAGAUGAGACUGACAAACCUACCUGGACUGGACUGCUGUCAAGUGACUGAAUGGAGUCUCCAUGUCAGCAGGCAGAUGUGGACCAGUUCCGGCUUCUUGGUUUAGAUGGACUCUAACAAACAGCUCACUUGGUCCAAAGAGCAUAAAACCAUGCAAGUAAAUUACUGGCGUUUGGUCAGUGACAUGA